AGACGCACGCUUGCUUGGGUGGAACUACAUAGUAUAUAGAUUAUGAAGAAGAAGUACAGAUAUUCUGUUCAAAUGUGUGAAAAGUUUAAAUAGUACUUUUUGAGUGAACACAAUAUAAACAAUGAGGCACAAAAGCAAUAAACACAUUCAACAAAGUUACGCACCCGUCCAACCCUUCACUGACGAAUACCAAUCAUCUUUGAAGGCCAUCUUGAGUGCAGCCGCCCUCAUUACAAUUACGGGCGGCAUGCAGGUGGCCUGGAUCACUGGAUUCAGCAGCGUUAAUGCCGGCGUCUAUAACACCGAUGUGUGUAUUGCUUGGUGUCUAACAGCCAUUGGAGGUACUUGGCUGAGUGCAAUGAUAAGCAAACGAGUGCCGUUUCCGAUUAUCUUGCAAGUGAGUGCAGUGCUCGUGCUUUUAAGUGGCACUGUUGCCACUCUCUGCAGGUUCAAUAUGAUGGCACUGUUGGCCACGCGCUGCCUCAAUGGCCUGGCCAAUGGUCUGGUGUUUGGACCCAUGCUCGGUGUGGUUGGAGAAUCGCAGACGGUUGGGCAUAAACGGGACUUUUUGGCGUGCAUCGUCGAGCAAGGAGCAUGGAUUCUGGGCAUUAGCUUACAGUUCAUUUGUGGCGCCAGCUGGAGAGGGAAUAACACUCUUAGUGCUGAUCAGCUGCAGAGCGUGCUGAGCGCCAUUUGUGGUGGCGUAGCUUUAAUUCUGGCUAGCAGCAAAGAUAUGAAGAAUCAGCCGAGGCCUGCUAACCCUGGGAAACUGGUGUACAAUGAGCAACAUGAUCUGCUGGAGGCGCUGCCCGCUUUGCUGCGUAUCUGCCUUUUGCGCAUUCUCUGCGCCUUAAGCUAUUGCAGCGUUCUCGCUCUCCGGAUAACCAGCGAUGGCGACUUUGGUCUCAGCACCAUGCCAUAUGUGCUUUGUGGCUUGGCCAGACUUAUCGGCAACUGUAGUGCUGGCUCUGUGCUCGACUCCACAGGUCGCAAGUUCCCAUUACUUCUGGGCCUAGUUAUGUCCGGCUGUCUGGCCUUUGGCGUGGCCAGUGUUUCAAAAAUACAUAUAGCGCAAUGCCUGCUACUCACAUAUCAAUUCUUUGCGGGCAUGAGCUUUGCACCUACAUCCGCUUAUCUUUCGGAAGUAUUUCUGCAAAGCGUCAAACAAUUUUGCAUCGCCUUGAUCCACAUAGCGGAGCUUACAGUGCAAGUCCUUUUCAUUUGGCUUGUUCAAGCGAAUGAUAUAGAAAAGAGCUCUGUAUUUAACAGUUUCUACAUAUUAGGCGGCCUCACUAUAGUCGUCAUAGUUAUGAGUAUUUCGUUUAUGCCAGAAACAAAAGGCACUGCGCAGCCAGAGACUAAAGGCUCUUCUGAGCAUAGCUAAUUGAACAAGCGCAAAGGAAAAACCUUCCCUUUCCCUUAACACAUGCGAUCGUCCUAAUAUUGUAUAGACAUGGAAUUUGAAGUGCUAUCUAUAUAUACAUAUAUAUAUUUUUAAACACAUGGGAGGUAAAAAAAAAAAAACCAAACAAAUAGAAAUGUGAAAACAAACGUUAUGUUUGAGAAAAUAUUAUGCGCACUUUUUACCUGCUAGAGAUAAGAUAGAUGUAUGCAAAACUCAAAUGGGAAAAUAUUAGAAUAAGAUAAUGAAAUAAAUCGAUAUCUCAAUGUAGGAAUAGAACUCAUGUUUGUCCCCUAACGAUCUAACGAAAUGAUGAAUACAUAAAUACAUACUGGUAAAGUAAAAGUAAAUAUAAUAAUGAAUGUUUCUUAUAGAUAUAUGUAUAAGAGAAACUGUAAAGUAAAAAGAUAAAAGCCAAACAUAAUCUUGUUUCCUUUCAAAUAUAGUACUUUGACAAGUUUUUUAAGAAUGUACAGCCAACAAUAAAAAUUAUAUUAUAUUUCUACAAAAUUAUAAGUAUAUUUAAUUUAUAAGACAGUUAAAUUUAUAACUGUUUUGCUAAAGAGCUUGUCUGUUGUCUAAGAAACAUCGUUAUUUUUUCCAUUCUUCGU